AUGACGUCAUUAGAGCAGUUUGUGAGCGAUCAGAAGAAGAAAAACGCGGCGGCCAGCUCCUCUUCAUUCACUUCUUUGGAUUCUUGGAAGCAGAAAUUCUCUUCCUCGAUCAGGUUUUUAUGCAUUCUCAUUGAAUUUAUUAUCGAAAUUCAAAAGUUCAGUUUUUUGUACUUUUUGAGCUUGAAACAUUGUUGAAAUAAACACCUGGAUUCUUUUAAUGAUUUUUUUAAAAACUGAGGUAUCAUUUAGGGGCUUUUACGUUUGCUAAAAUUUUUUUGUAACCUUUAAAUAAAAAUUUUCCACAGUUUUAUUGAUUGUUUUAUUAAGUAAUAGUUUGGAAACGUGCCGAAAAAAAUAAGGUUUAUUUUAGCUGAAUAACAGUUUGAAAUUUUUGUUAGAUCUCUUUUAGGAAAGGUAAAAGGUUUAAAAAAAUUGAGGAAAAUAAAUUUUUCACUAAAGGAGGUACUGAAAAGUCGAAAAAGGUUACUAUUCGCGAAAAAAAUGAAAGAGAAAAUUUGUUUUACAUUUAUUUCUCCCGAACUGUUCGAAAAGGUUUUUUGGGCUAUUUUUCGGCGAAUUUUUUCAGUUUUUGCGGUCCUUUUUAGAAAUAUUUAAAUUCAAAAUCAACCAAUAUCUUGGGUAAUUAGAUUUUUGAAAUGAAAGAAAAUGAUAAUUUCAGCCAGCUUCCAAUGAUGUCCAGAAGUGACACGGCGGAAGCUCAAUUGCUUGGCAGCGAACUCGAUGGAAGUGAUUCUCAACUUCCCGCUUCAAAGAACAGGUAUAUUAAAAUUUUCCAAAAGUCAACGGUUACUAUUAGAAGGAAAUCAUUUAAAAAAUGCGACCGUUUUUUUUGAGCUCCAUUACAAAUCAAUAAAAUACGGGCGUUUUUUGAAUUUUCAUUAUUCUUUUUGAAGUUAAAACGAAAUUUCCAAAUUUUUCGAUGGCUUUCCGGUCACUAGACAUCCCUUUUUUUUGAUAAUUUUUUUCAACCAUUUUUUUGUCCCGUUUUCAGUUAUUUUUCACCUGAUUUCCGGUCUGAUGGAGUGUAGAAAAAUUUUUUUAAAGAGCUCCUAAUAAGAAGCUUAAGUUUUUUUUGAGCAAUCAAAGAAAAAAAUGUAUCAUAAUGAAUUCAUUAAUUUCGUCGUAGUAUUUUUUUGGUUAGUUAUUUUCAAUAGAAUGGGAAAAAAAUUUGAUUUUUAAAAAAAAGCCAGGGAAAGUGAAAAAAAUAUGGUUGAGAAACGACCGUAUUUUAUUAAUUUUAGCUAGCUUGAGACUGUAAGAUACUUUUUUAAGAUUGAAAUGAACGGAAUGAUUUUUGAACAGGUCAUUAGGUCUGAAGAUUGUUUUCCGAGAUUUUAUGCAAAAAUGAAUUCAGAAAAAACACGGGCGGCUGGUUUUCCAGCGGCGAUGAGAAUUUCUUCGGUCUGACGCGUACUCAGAGGAUUUUCGCCUUUUUCAUGUGCCUCAUCGGCGCAAUUUUCUGCUUUUCCACGGUAAUUUUUCGAUAUUCUCAUCAAAAGUUUGCUGAGAAUCUAGUCGAGUCUGUAAUGAGUUAGAUGGAUUUUAUCAAAGAUUGAUAAGGAUCUUAAUUCAAAUUUUUUUUUCUGGUUUCUUUUUCGGAAGGGCUUUGUAUAAAAUCGGCGAUUUUUUGGUUCUUUCUUUCUUCCAAUGAAAAUCCUUUCCCAGAUUUGUAGGCUUUUUUUGAACUUUCUAACCUCUUCUGAUCAAAUACAAUUUUUUUUGAAAUGCUUCAGAAAAAAAUUGGACCCCGUGCUUGUUCAAAGUUGCAUGUGAAGUGGAGCAGGUAGCUCAGGCUCCUGUUUCUACUUCAUUAUGACGUCACUGACCUCUUUGUUGGCGUGGGAAUCGAAUCUUGGUCCCACGCUUCUCCUGUUUCUUCUCCGAGUUUCCUUCCUCAAUAAGGAAAUAAUCCGUCUGGUCGUUCAAUGACUCAUUUUUCAGUGCAAAAUCAUCAUUUUUAUUCAAAAAUCAGACAUAGUGAUAAAAAAGGAGAGGCUAAAGAGUAGCGGCGAUUUGAAGAGACGCCAGAGAACUUGGAGCACUAAAGUUGUCUGUUAUCUCUUCAGGCGGCUGUUGAUCUCUUAUUUUCUCUGUAUUGUUAUAAAUAUAGCUCGCUUUUGAAUCAAAUUUUAGUUGAAAAAAAUUUUUAUUCGCCAAAAAAAUCCCUUGAAAAAUUUCCUCUAGAAGAAUAUUUGCUCCAAUUUCAAACAUGCUCAGUUCCACCCACCCCAUUGAAAAAGCUGUCGAUAUACUGCCACCGCUGUCUAGGACAAUUAAAGAGUCAUGUAAAUGGUCUUGACACGAAAAUUGGGGCGCCAAAGAUGAAAGGUUCAGAGAACAUUGGGUUAUUCAAAUUUUCGAUGUUUUUUGAGGAAUGAGAAGUGCUUACUGUGAAGUAUAACAUAUACGGAAAAUUUGAAAAAUAUGGAAACUGUGAGGAAAAACAGUUUUUUUAUGGUUUCAUUCAUAGAGGGAUCUUAUUUACUAAGUACUUGAAAGACCCUGGUCGCAUUUGGAAUGGCUUUGUGAUUUUAAAAAAAUCCAACAAUUGUAAAGCAAUAUCAAAAUGAGAAAUUUAUUAAAACCGUGAAAAAUGAAGUCGUAAGUCUCGACUAUUGAAAGGCUUUUUUUGCAUUUGGAAUGGCUCAAAAAGGUCUUGGAUCCCAUUAGAUUAAGAUAUUUUUUUCUUUUUUUAUCAGACGGUCUAUGAAUGAAAGAAAAAUUUUUUUCAUGAGGUCAUAAUUUAAGGAAUUAAGUUAUUUUAUGCCGUAUUAUUUCUGACUUUUCAAUUCUUAGUUAUCUUCUUCCUUCUCGGACAGCUAGCUAUCUCGAUUUUUGCGGAAUCAGGGCCCAAAAGUUAUCCGAAAAGUGAAUAAAAGAAGGCGGCGUAUGAAUUUUCGUUUCCCGCCAGAAGCCGCGUCGCGACCGCAACAUGUUACUGAAUUAGUUCUUGGCCUAUUCAAGUGAUAAAAAAUUGGCUUAUUCAGGUCCAACUAGAUAAAAACCGGAGGUCGUAUGCAAACCGGAGGUCGUAUGCAAUAAAGUGGAAACUUAUUUUUCGCCGUUUUCCUGAAAAUAUGAAAGGCCUGAAACUCGCUAGAAUACCAUUGAUUCCAGCUUAAUCUGAUGUAAUGAGGCUUCAUAGAAAGAUUCGGAUAGAGAAUUAACAAUUUCAGUGGAAAAUACUAACAGUGUUCAAUUUCGAGUUCCAGAAAAAUGGCGGAAAAUCACUUUUCACCUUAUUCCACCAACAAGGGAGGUCAUUUUACUUUGCGGUUGGGAAUACCCUGGAAAUUGGCCAGAACCCUUCUUGAUGUUCCAAAUAAGAUUCUGAAAGUCUCAACCUGCACAACUUCCUAGUUUCCGAGAGAUCAGGGGUCAAAGAUGGCAUAUUUUACCGGUUUUCGAGGGUUUUCUUUUAUAAUAAUAAUAAUUUACUCAUCCCCAAAGUGAAAAAGAAUAAAUAAGGUUAAGAACCGGUUUUAGGUCACCCUCACGAGUGACUUCACCGGAUUCUUUGACUUUGAGUAAGUCAAGGAAGUUUUGCAGAUCGGGACUUUCAGACCCUUCUUCUGGGUCAUCAAGGAGAGCUCCGGCGAAUUCUGAACCGCAAUUUUGAAUGACCUUCCUUGUAAACGGACAACUUUUCCAAAACUUCUGAUUUUCCAGGCGGCGUUCCUCAUCCCCCUGAUAAUCGUGUCGACGCGGAAGUUCGCCGCACUCAACACCCUCGGAUCGGCCCUUCUCAUCCUGAGGUCCAUCUCCUCUUCAAAUCGUUUCCGCGUUUCAAUUGAUUCUACUCUUAUCGCAAGCACGCCUGCUCAUGUGUGUGUGUAAAAAUAGCCGCUAGACAAAUAGCCUGGAAAAAAGUUGGGAAAAAAUAGCCGAGGAUUUUUAUUAGCUGCUCCAUUGAUAAUCCGAGCUCGCUUGAGGAGUUUGAAAUAGCCAGACGGAGCUCGCCGUUUCACAAAAUAUUAAACUGGAAUUCAGACUAAUAGAAAAUAUUUCUUCAAAAAUUUGAGAUAUUUCUAACAGAAGUAGGACAGCUCACUAUUUUCUCAAAGCGCUCAGUUUUUCACCCUGCGUGGUUUAAAAAUGGAUAUUCUGAAAAUGUGCUCCAUUGACAACCUGGCCCAACUCGAAUAUUUUUAUUCACAAGAUUUUUUUUCCACUAAUCUCCCUCACUAGUCCAUGAAGAAAUAAAAAUAAAAAUAGUCGAAAAAUGAUUUCUCUAAUGCGCUUCAUUGAGAAUCAUAAAAUGAGUCUUCUGAUCAAUGUAAAGGGUCAUUGGAAAAAUAAACUUUAUUUAAAAACUGCCCUGAAAAGUUUUUCACACUUCAUGGUUUAAAAAUGUCCGCAAAUAUUCUGAAAAAAUGCUUCAUUGACAAUCUGGUGCAACUUGAAUAUUUUAAUUUACCAGGUUCUGAUUCCACUAAUCUCCUCCAUGAAAAAAACCAGCAGUAGUUCAGAAAAACCAAUGAAAAAGCUGAAAAAGUAAAUAACUUAUCUAAUGCGCUCCAUUGAGAAUCAGAAAAUAAGCUUUUUCUUCGGUGUUCAGUGUCAUCAAAAAAAGUAGUUUUCAUUUAAAAAAAUAGUUCUAAAACGGACUGAGAAAAAAAUAGCCAUGAAAUGUUUUUUUCUAACGCGCUCCGUUGAGAAUUUUUUUGAAAAAGACUUUUUGAGAAAUGAAAAGUUUUGUAAGGAUCCUGUACAAACAUGUUUUUUUGAAAUAUAAAUUUUCAAAGCUCGCAUCUAACAAAAAAAGUCAAUAAUUUUUAUUUAAUAUUUGAAAAUUCAUAUUUUCAGAAAAAAAUUUUGCAUCUUUAGCGACUUUGAGCAAUGUUUUAUUAGACCUUCAAAAAGUGCUUGAGCGAAUUUUUUGAAAAAUUCCGUGCUUUACACUAAAAUAGCCGCCCUUGUCAGCCAUUUUGUCAUCCGAGGCGUCGAAAAAAAAAGAAUUUUUCGCCCCCAAUAACCAAAAGCCCUCUUGAGGAUUAUUUUUUUGAUAUUGUUGUUGAGCUAGUUUUGCCCUUGAACUCGGCGUCACAAGCCUGCGGAGAUGGUUUUCUCAUGAGAGCCGUUUCGAACCUCUUUUUUUCCCUUUUCUUCCCCGGGUGCUUCUCCUUCGGCGACUGCCAUCAAGCUGUGAUUGAUUGUUGGACGGGGCGUGGCGGACAGACGAGAUGUUGUUCGAUACUUUGCGAGGAAUUUGCCCUCAAAACCUCUCUCAUGGUUUAAUUGAAGCCAGCUGUCUUGUCCUUCCUUUUUUCUGGAAGAGAAGGCCCGCCGCAUGACUCCUGGCAGUACAGUGUAGCUUGGAAAACAUAUGUUUAGUGGAAAUUGUUGAAAAGCCCACUGAUUAGAAAAUUGGUGAGGAAUAUUCUGAAAAAAUGCCUGGUCUUGCAGCUGCAUGACUUCUGACAGUACAGUGUAGCUUGGAAAAAAAUAUUUUGUGUAGAGAUUUUCGGAAAGUUGAUGGAAAAUUUCUGAAAAAAAGGUCUGGGCCUGCCGCUGCAUGACUCCUGGUAGUACAAUAAAGCUUGGGGGAGGUGGGGAUAUGUUUUUUAGAGGUUUUCGGAAACAUCAAUGAUUAUAAUUUUGCGAAGGAAUAUUUUAAAAAAUAAGGCCUGGUCUUGCAGCUUUAUGACUCUUGACAGUACAGUAUAGCUUGGAAGAAAAAUAAUUCUCACUGGUGUUUUUUGAAAAGAUCAUUUAUUAAGGAUGGCAGAGACAAUUUUUUAAUAUUUCUCAGUUUUCAAUAUUCUGUCUGGCACUUUCGAUGAAUAGCCUAUAUAUUUCCAAAAUUUGAAGUUCUGCGCGUUGAAGUCGCUAUAUCUUUCUGGGACCUAGUUUUUUUUUUAUCACGGCACUAACUCUAUUUUUUUGUGGUAUCAUUUCAAAACAAAAUAUGUAAUUUGAAAUAGCCGAAAUUACUUUAAACACAGCAUUCGAAUUUUUUUCUAACCUUGCUGCUUUAGAGAAUCAAAGGUGGCUCAAACAGCUCUUCACAGAAAUAUUCAAGCUUAUAUUUAUAGUAUAAGCCAAGGGAGACGGUCGCAUUUCAAAGCACAGAAGAAGAAAAUCUUCCGUAAGCACAAUCAAUUUGCGUUUUCGUUUUGAGAUGCUGCUAAAAUGAACUGGUGUCGAAACGACUUUGCAACGCAGAAAAAUUCCGAACGGUUUUGCGGUAGAAAAUAAAAAGUGACAAGCUUUUUGAUAUGACUGAUAUGAGCCAGAAUUUUGAAUCAUGGGAAGAAAAAGAAAAUUUUUAACGAACAAUAAUCCAGAAUAAACAUGUAGGAGUUGGUCUGAAGGGCAGAAGCUUCGAAAUUAAUCAAAGAAAAAAUUAUUCUUUAUUUUGGUUUUUGUGCUAUAGUCAUAGAUGUAAUCCAUUAAUCAGGGAGAAGUACCUUUUGAAGCAAUAUCGAACAAGUUUCCUGGCGAACUUGAAUAAAAAACGUGUAGUUGAUCAAGUUGAAAGCAUGGUCUUACUGACCUUCGCCUCGUUCUUCUGCGAGUAGUCCAUCCAGUUGCGCCUUGACGAGCUCAAAAUGUAGCGGAUUUUGUAGUCAAUGACCGGAAACCAUGUUUUGGGGGAAGCCUCGAAAAGGGAGCGACGAGAAAAGAGUGAAGACUUCACAGGAACCCUGAAUAAAAUAAAAGUUACAGUUUCGCGUUCCUGUGGGGUCCGGCGGCCUACCUGCAGCACAUGAUCUCGCCACAACGGCGACUCGUCACGGUCUGCUACAUGUCCGCCUUGUUCGCCACGCUCUACUCGUCCUUAUGGGUGAGUUCAAAAUCAACUUCUUCAGUCGUUUUGCUAAAAAUCUUCUCACCCGUUUUCAGUACAGGUUUAG